AUAGGAUUGAUGUUCCAAUGUCAGUAUUGGCAGCAAUGGCUAAAGUUUCUCUUUUCUUCACCUUCUCCUUCCUCUUCCUGUUAGCUGCUUGUAUUCAACGCUAUGAGGCCAAAGGUUUCAGUUCAAUAAGCAGGGAAGGAUUACUGUUGUCUAGACACAGACACACUAACGUUGUAGACAACAUUGUUACUACAGAACUUUCAUCAGGAAGGUCCAAUAUCCCUGUGUAUAUUGGCCCUCAAGAUGGGCUCAAGGAUAUCGACAAGAUCGAAACUCUACCCGGACAACCUAGUGGGGUAGAUUUCGCUCAAUAUGCAGGACAUGUUAUUGUAGAUCCCGUUACUGGAAAAGCUUUGUUUUAUUACUUUACAGAAUCUCCCAAAAACCCUUCCUCUAAACCCCUUGUUUUGUGGCUUAAUGGAGGACCAGGUUGUUCUUCACUUGGAGCAGGAGCAUUCGGGGAACUUGGGCCAUUUAGACCUGCCAAAGGUGGUGAAACUCUUAACAGUAAUCCAUAUGCAUGGAAUAACGUUGCAAAUAUAAUCUUUCUUGAAUCACCUAUUGGAGUUGGAUUCUCGUACACAAAUACAAGCUCGGACUAUGACAAAGUUGGGGACGAAAGCACAGCCCAGGAUUCAUAUACAUUUCUAGUUAACUGGCUAGAAAGGUUUCCAGAAUACAAGACUAGGGAUUUCUAUAUUACAGGAGAGAGUUACGCUGGGCACUAUAUUCCCCAGCUGGCUCAGCUUAUAUUGCACAACAACCAGCACACAAACCAGUCAAGAAUCAAUCUCAAAGGCAUUGCUAUUGGAAAUGCAUAUGUGGACUAUGAAGCAAAUAUGCAGGGAACGGCAGAUUACUUUUGGAAUCAUGCACUGAUUUCCAAUGAACUGUAUAAGAACAUCCUGUCCACCUGCAAUUUCUCUACUCCCAGUGCUGCGUCUGAGAAAUGCUUAAAUUUAGUUAACAUCCAAAUGGGCAAUGAAGCUGGAGAUAUUUUUCCAUACGACAUCUACGCUCCGUUAUGCGGUUCUGAUUCACCCUCGUAUUCUAUCUCUGGAUAUGAUCCCUGCACCGAUGAUUACACCGACACAUACUUAAACACUCUUCAAGUUCAGGCUGCUCUUCAUGCAAACAUAACUGCCACUCCUCAUCCAUGGAGCAACUGCAACGACACACUUAAUGCCGCCUGGAAAAGACCGCCAACUGUUUUACCGAUCAUAACAGAGUUGAUGGGAAGCGGUAUUCGUAUCUGGCUGUACAGCGGAGAUACAGACAGCGUGGUGCCAACAACAGACACCCGACUUGCCUUAUACAAACUUGGAGUAACAGUUAAAACUCCUUGGUACCCUUGGUAUCUCCCUGAAGAAGAGGUGGGUGGAUAUGUAGAAGAAUAUGAGAGCAUAACGUUGGUGACAGUACGAGGAGCAGGGCAUUUUGUUCCCAGUUAUCAGCCAGCUCGGGCACUUGUGCUCUUCUCUUCCUUCAUUAAUGGAACACUUCCCCCACACGACACUAAAAACUAGCUUAAUUAGCUGAUUAAUUGUACUCCAUUAGCUUUAUCCCAAAAUGUAUGUACUUUACUCUUCUUUGUACGCACAAUUAUAAAAUAAAUUGGAUUGAAAAUAAAUUAUAAGUAACAUUUUUUUUUU